AUGCGUUCCAACGCCAUCCGCUCUCUUACGCUCCUGACGGCCACUGUGGCCACCGCCGCUGCUGAGAGCACCGUGUCGCUCUUUUUGCCCUAUGUUGAUACCCAAAGUCUCGUGGCGGAAGUCCUCGGCAGUAAAUCAUCAUUGCUCAUUGCUCUUCAAGAUCAUCCAUCUGACGUGAGAACCCAGAGCGCCUCUGCAACCACCUACCGCGUCAACUGCGUCUCUGCCGGUGACGACUGCGGUAUACCCUCAAGCGGUUUCACAGUUAUCCAGGGCGCCUCGACGGUGCAGCAGGCCUAUACAUACGAUGACUACAAUGUCGCAUUCGGCUGCAAUCUCGGCGGCACCACCUCUAUCUCCUGUCUGGUUUCGCAGACGGACAGCACCACAACCCAUGUGACUGCCACCGCCAUGAUCACAGACAUCGGCUCUUUCUUUCUGCCCGUUGUGGUCACCGGCACUGCUACCGCCGGUGCUCACGCCACCACUGGAGCAUCCGUCACAGGGGCCACGCCGUCGGCGACUGGACAGACUACCCUGGCUACGUCGGGCCCGUCUGUGACAAGCGGCCCCCAGGCCACUGGCUCUUCGGCUUCGGCCUCGGCCACGCCGUCCCACAGCUCCAGCGGAAACGCUGCCAUCCCCCAGAUUACUGGGAAUGCCAACUGGGCUAUUGGAGGUGCCGCUAUGGCUAUGGCCCUGGCCCUGGCUUAA